AUUUUGUAGGGGUGUAGGAGAGAAGGAAAGAUGUCAAUGGAAGAAAGUAGGUUUAGCAAGAUACAGGAAUCGGAAAGUUCAAUCUCUUCAGAAGAAAUAGAAGACCACAAAGAAAACAGCCGUAGUGCAGACUACGAAGAGGUACCUGUUUCGGUAUCUGUCAAUGAGAAGUCCGAAGAAGCAGCCUCCACUGGGCCCAAGUCUCAUGAUGAUUUGGCAAUGAGGAUUAAUACUAAGAAGCAGAGCAUGUUAAAUAUUAUAAACCCUUCAGAUCGAGUUAAAAUGACUACACAGAAACUAAGAGACCUAUGCCAAAGGGGUCAAAACAAGGCUCUUGAAAGCCUGAUCAAGCAGGAUAAAGAUCACCUUGUGCUUAAGAUUGAAGAUGUAGCCUAUGUGUACCAGGUUGACCCUGGGCUGGUGAUGAUGCUAGUGGAGGAGAAGGUCAGGAUAGAGAGGAUAUAAAAACAUCUGCUUUUAGGAUUAUUACUUCAUAUACAGAUUGGGAGCAGCAUGAAGUGGAUCUUAGUCUUAGUGAAGCCUUAACUUAUAAUGAUUGAAUCGAGGCUCUACUGGAAGACAAAAAGUCAGAUGAAGAAAUAAUGGAUUUUAUUCAAAAAGUGUACAAAGAAGUCGAAAGAGACACAAUACUGUCUCUAGCAAUCAUAACCCAAAGAUAUCAGCUCACACAAAUAAUGAUAGAAGAGUUUGGAAUUGAUUUCAGACCAUUCUUUGUCAAAAUAGCAAUUGAAGCAGACUCAUUAGAUAUAGUUUAUUUAUUAAGAAAUCUAUUUCCAAGAAGUUAUACUGUAAAUGAAAAGGAAUAUCUUCAGUCAUUGCUUUUAUCUUUUCAAAGGAGCAAUUCAUUUUGGCUUGCUAAGAUGAAUAUCUUAAAAACUUUAAUGAACCAGACCAAUUACAUUAAAGCUGAGUCCUUCUUGCUCUACACUCUUCGGUCCCUAGAGAAAGAUGAUGUAACUCAAAAUCCGAUGUACUACGCUCCCAAUGUGCUCUUGUUCACUUGUAAUCUGAUCGAAAUUUGCAGGAUCCUCGUCGGCAAGUAUAAUUUCCUGGGAGCCUACACCGAGAAAAUCGAAAGUAUUCUGAUCAAGUCGACUGCUUCCUUUAUCGAAGACAUUGAAGAUGAAUUCCAUCUGAGAGAACUUGUGUUUGAGAAGGACUAUGAAAACAGAGAUUCGCUGGACUUACUCUCUAAGUAUAGCAUUGUCGAUAUAAUGAACAACAAAAAUAUGGAGAAGAUUGCACUUGAGUUAUGGACUUCGCAAUAUGAUGUUAAGGGGAGUUUAUUUACCACAUCAUCAGCACUGAAGAUUGUAGUUUAUGACAGCUUCAACAAACCAAGAGACAUUUUAAAAGAUUUCUUCUUCUUGAACUGGGAGUAUAGAUCGAUGGAUAACUUUGAUCAUCAUUUAUACCAAUUUGAAGUUUGGAAGACUUCUAUGAUGGCCAAGUUCAUUACUGAAGGACUUUUCUUGGCAAUAUUGACAGUAGUGUUCCAGUACUAUUUAACUGAAGCUACUCAGGCAGCAGUGGAUGUUCAAACAUCUUUUUCAUCGUACGAUGGAGAAACUGAUGAUACUGCAAAAGGAGAAAGACUAACUGUUUUUGAGAGUCAAUCUGUGGUAUACUACGACAACAUGCAAAUUACUAUCUUACUCGGAUAUUUAGCUUUGGCUUUCCCCAUUAGAAUCGUUCUUACAAUGGCAUUUGCUAAGAAGUCUAUAAGACAGUUCACUUUCUUGACAGUGACAAAUAUCUUGGAUAUUAUGAUUUUCUGAGUCUUCACUAUUAGACUCUAUCUGGAGUACAAUUAUUUCUAUGUUGAUAAUAUAAAAGAAGCAACUUCGGAAGUCCAGAGGGGGAAGAAUUACUAUGAUAAUGUUUUCAAGCAUAAUGAUUUCUCAAAUUUCUUGGAUUAUCUUUACUCUAUUGGGUCAGCAUGCUUGUGGAUCAGGAUAGUUCUUCUGUUCAGAUUGACUAGAUUUCUAGGACCUCUGGUGAAGAUGAUACAGAAUAUGAUUCAUGAUAUUUUAAUAUUCAUGGUUCUUUUUGUCACACAGCUAAUUAUUUUUGCAACUGUAGGGAAUUUAUUGUUCUCAAACUCCACUGCCUACUCAAAUUUGUAUGAAUCCUCUCAAACCCUGUUCAAUGCAGCUCUUGCUUCUUAUGCUUUUACAGAUACAGAUGACUCUGGCAAGAACAAGUAUCUCGGACAUCUAUUCUUAUUGGUGUCAAUUGUACUUCAAAAUAUUCUUCUUCUUAAUCUCCUAAUUGCUAUCUUAUCAAGCACUUAUGCUAUGCUCGAAGAGAAGAAAUUAGUGCUCUACAUCAACGAAAUUUUGAAGCUGAGGCCAUCAUUGGAGUAUGAUAGAAGGUAUUCAUCAUUGGUGUCAACCUUUCCUCCUUGGAACAUCAUUGCCUUGUUCUUCACUCCAGUAUUGAUGUUUACCAAGAAUCCAGAGAAUGUAAAUUUAGUUCUGUUCCAUAUCGAGUACAUUCCAAUAGUGGUUCUACUAUUCGGAAUUUAUGUAGCUAUAAAUCUUGUGAUCAUUCCGUUAGCCUAUGUGAAGGGAAUUUUUGUUAAUCUACAGCAAAGCUGGAGUACAAAAAUCGAGAAUCAGGUGCUUUAUAAAAUUACUAGGCUAAUUAUCUGGAUAGUUUUUGGCAUAUUUAUCCUCUUCCUCAAUUUUAUAGUUGAUUGUAUUGUUUUCUUUAUGCAUCUAUAUCAGAGAGAUAUGAGCCUGAGGAAGGAAAAGCAAAAUACGCUUGUGGUAUCUUCUAAUCUUUAUGAUCAUAUUUUUGAUACUUUUGAGUCUCUUCACCUGAAAGGAGUAACCAAAGUCAGUUAUAAAUCGAUAAUUAUCCCGUUGAAAGAAAAGAUGAACGUACUUGGGCACAUUCAGAACAUUAUUUUUGGGAUUUCUCCUUUUCCAGAUGAACAUUUUGCCCCAGAGGAAUCAACAGAUAAGAUAAAAGAAUUUGUCAUAGCUAAGAAAGCUCUUAAUUCUUCUGGAAUUCCUGCUGAAAAUCAACUGUUUCUCUAUCCAGAGAUUAUGAAAUCCAUAUUAAAUGAAGUGAGAAUCUCUGCUAGACUUCAGGGACUUUGUAAAGCUUGGAGUAUUAAUAUUUCUAUUGGAGAAAGAGUCAGAGCAGCUGACAAGUACGAAGAUCCAGAGUAUUACUCUAAAAAGAAUGAUUCCUUUCCUCAUUUAGCCAAAUUUUAUUUUAUUGAUUUGACAGAUCUUCACAAAGCAUUUAUGGCCCCCAAUGAAUUUCAGAAUACCAUGAAUGAUCCUGAAUACAUAUUCAAUGGGGUCAGACAGAUAGUUGAAGAAGGAAAUCAAAAGAUUUUCGAUAAGCUAGAAUCUAUCGAGAGAAGACUGAACAACAAAAAUCCCAAUCACUCCACCAAUAUUAAUGAAUCAAGUGGAGAUAUGAAUCAAUCAGAUGACUUUGAAUAAAAAUACCCCAGAAAUCAAAUUC